GCCCGGCUGCGGACCCAGCUCCUCCCCGCAGCGUUGCCGGCUCUCUUCCCCCCGCCGCCCCGCUUCGCAGCAGCGACACCCCCAGCAGUGUCAGGUAGGUUCCCGGAGCGCGGCCUUGAUGGUAGGCCCGGCCGGAGCCAGCGCAGCAGCGACGGCUCGGUUGGGAGGAGAGCAGCCUGAGGGCGCAGGGGAGGGAUUGGCCCACGAGCGGGAAGAUGGCGCCUCCGCCGGCCAGAGGGCUGAGGGGCAGCUUCCCCUGAAAGGGGCGGGCGGUGGGAAGGAAGCGAGCAGAGGCUGGUCUCUGGUAGCAGGGCCGGGAUAUGCGGCAGCUCCCUCUUCUCAGUAGGACUCUGACCUCCUUGGUGAGCCCCGGUGCCUCCCGGCCUCCUCCUCUGCAGCAGUGGCCUCGCCCGCCUGGACUUCAGAAGAAUACCCAUAACAAAAUGAGCAAUCCAGCUAUUAAGAGAAUAGCAAACGAAAUUAUCAAAUCACCUGAGGAUAAGCGAGAAUAUCGUGGACUAGAACUGGAAAAUGGCAUCAAAGCAAUGCUCAUCUGCGACCCCACCACAGAUAAGUCUUCAGCAGCACUUGAUGUACACAUAGGAUCCUUAUCAGACCCCCCAAACAUUGCUGGGCUUAGCCAUUUUUGUGAACAUAUGUUGUUCUUGGGAACCAAGAAGUACCCAAAAGAGAAUGAGUACAGUCAGUUUCUUAGUGAGCAUGCAGGAAGUUCAAAUGCUUUCACCAGUGGAGAACAUACCAAUUAUUACUUUGAUGUGUCACAUGAACAUCUAGAAGGUGCAUUGGACAGGUUUGCCCAGUUUUUCCUAUGCCCUCUGUUUGAUGAGAGCUGCAAGGAAAGGGAGGUGAAUGCUGUUGAUUCCGAGCAUGAAAAGAAUUUAAUGAAUGAUGCCUGGCGAUUGUUUCAGUUGGAGAAAGCUACUGGAAAUCCCAAUCAUCCCUUCAGUAAAUUUGGAACAGGGAACAAAUUCACUUUGGAAACUAGACCAACUAAAGAAGGAAUAGAUGUAAGACAAGAGCUGUUGAAGUUCCAUUCCACUUAUUAUUCAUCAAAUUUAAUGGCUAUUUGUGUCCUAGGACGAGAAUCCUUGGAUGAGCUGACCAGUUUGGUAGUGAAGCUAUUUUCAGAAGUAGAGAACAAAAAUGUCCCAUUACCAGAAUUUCCUGAACAUCCUUUCCAAGAAGAACAUCUUCGGCAACUUUACAAAGUGGUACCUAUUAAGGACAUUAGAAAUCUUUAUGUCACGUUUCCAAUACCCGACCUUCAGAAAUACUAUAAAUCAAACCCUGGUCAUUACCUUGGUCAUCUCAUUGGGCAUGAAGGUCCAGGAAGUCUUUUAUCAGAACUCAAAGCUAAAGGCUGGGUAAAUACUCUGGUUGGAGGACAGAAAGAAGGUGCUAGAGGUUUCAUGUUCUUCAUCAUUAAUGUGGACCUGACAGAGGAAGGGCUUUUGCACGUUGAAGAUAUAAUUUUUCACAUGUUUCAGUAUAUUCAAAAACUACGUACAGAAGGACCUCAAGAAUGGGUUUUCCAAGAGUGCAAGGAUCUAAAUGCUGUGGCUUUCAGAUUUAAAGAUAAAGAACGACCACGAGGUUAUACAUCAAAGCUUGGAGGGAUUUUGCAUUAUUAUCCCAUAGAAGAAGUGCUUGCUGCUGAAUAUUUACUUGAAGAAUUUAGGCCUGAUUUAAUAGAGAUGGUGCUGGAUAAAUUGAGGCCAGAAAAUGUCCGGGUUGCAAUAGUUUCUAAAUCUUUUGAAGGAAAAACUGAUCGAACGGAAGAGUGGUAUGGAACACAGUAUAAGCAAGAAGCAAUUUCUGACGAAGUCAUCCAGAAAUGGCAAAAUGCUGACCUAAAUGGGAAAUUCAAGCUUCCAAUGAAGAAUGAGUUUAUUCCUACUAACUUUGAAAUUUUGCCACUAGAAAAGGAUGCACCACAGUACCCUGCUCUUAUCAAGGACACCGCUAUGAGCAAACUAUGGUUCAAGCAAGAUGACAAAUUCUUCUUGCCAAAAGCUUGUCUCAACUUUGAGUUUUUCAGCCCAUUUGCUUACGUGGAUCCCUUGCAUUGUAACAUGGCCUAUUUGUACCUUGAACUACUCAAAGACUCCCUCAACGAGUAUGCAUAUGCAGCAGAACUAGCUGGCUUGAACUAUGACCUCCAAAAUACCAUCUAUGGGAUGUAUCUUUCUGUAAAAGGUUAUAAUGACAAGCAGCAUAUCUUGUUAAAGAAGAUCAUUGAAAAAAUGACCACCUUUGAGAUUGAUGAGAAAAGAUUUGAAAUUAUCAAGGAAGCGUACAUGCGAUCACUUAACAACUUUCGAGCUGAACAGCCUCACCAGCAUGCUAUGUAUUACCUCCGACUGUUGAUGACAGAAGUUGCUUGGACCAAAGAUGAAUUAAAAGAAGCUCUAGAUGAUGUCACUCUUCCCCGCCUCAAGGCCUUUAUAUCUCAACUGUUGUCACGGUUACACAUCGAGGCUCUUCUCCAUGGCAAUAUAACAAAACAGGCUGCAUUAGGAAUUAUGCAAAUGGUUGAGGACACUCUCAUUGAGCAUGUUCAUACAAAGCCCCUCCUUCCGAGUCAGCUAGUAAGAUAUAGAGAAGUGCAGCUUCCUGACAGGGGUUGGUUUGUCUAUCAACAGAGGAAUGAAGUUCAUAACAACUGUGGCAUAGAAAUAUAUUACCAGACAGAUAUGCAGAGUACUUCUGAGAAUAUGUUUUUGGAGCUCUUCUGUCAAAUUAUAUCAGAGCCUUGCUUCAACACUCUGCGUACUAAGGAACAGUUAGGUUACAUUGUGUUCAGUGGUCCCCGACGGGCUAAUGGCAUACAAGGACUGCGGUUUAUUAUUCAGUCAGAAAAACAACCGCACUACUUGGAAAGCAGGGUUGAAGCUUUCCUAAAAACCAUGGAGAAAUGCAUUGAAGACAUGUCAGAGGAGGCCUUCCAGAAACAUAUCCAAGCUUUAGCAAUUCGUCGUCUAGAUAAACCAAAGAAGUUGUCUGCAGAGUGUGCUAAAUACUGGGGAGAAAUAAUUUCCCAGCAGUAUAACUUUGACAGAGAUAACAUUGAAGUGGCGUAUCUAAAGACCCUGACCAAGGACGAUAUCAUACAGUUCUAUAAGGAGAUGUUGGCAGUAGAUGCUCCCAGGAGACACAAGGUAUCCGUACACGUCCUUGCAAGGGAAAUGGAUUCCUGUCCUGUUGUUGGAGAAUUUCCAAGCCAAAAUGACGUAAAUCUGGCACCAGCACCCCCUUUGCCACAGCCUGAUGUGAUUCAAAAUAUGACAGAGUUCAAACGCAGUCUACCACUCUUUCCAUUGGUGAAACCACAUGUCAAUGUCAUGGCUUCAAAACUGUGAAGAAUCCCAAUGGAUGAAGAAAUGCAAAGGGAUCAAUUUCAAGGGGUUUCAUUAUGAACAAACAUCUUAAAGAUUAUUAGGAUAAACAAUCCUGUCCAUUCUGAGAGUCCCUGAUUCACUCUUGGUUCAUUCAGCAUUACUGGUGUGAUAGGGAUACAGAGAAUUAGAAAAUUAGUUGUAGUCAUGUGUCAUUUAUAUUACAAAACAACUGUUGAAAACCAAAAUCAACCAGAAUAUUAAAGGCUCUUGUAGAUGCAGUAUAUUUUUUAAAUAGUAUAUCCCUUAAAAUUUUCAUGUUGAUAACGGAAUUUGAAGAAGCCUCCAGACCAAAUUGAUCUUGCUUAAAAUAUCCAUGUUAUUCUUGCAAAAGGCCAUUGAAAAUAGCUCUAUAAUAAUUUUUUCAGGGAAAAAAAAGUAUUAAGCCUUUUUGGGGGGGAGGGAGGAGAAAAACUUUUCAUAAAAAGGAGGCUUUGACAUUUUUUGAAGGAUAAAGUGUUGAAUGAUACCUUUUUUUAAUUGAUCCUCAGUGCAACCAACUUGUUUUCUAUUUAAGAUUUAAGUAGAUCAGUGGAAAAGAGGAAAUUUUGCAACAAAAUAAUAAACAAGGGAGUUGUCUUUAACAGAAGAAGAGUAAUUAAAUAUAUUGGCAUGGUUUUAAUCUUUAUAUACAAAUUUGGGGACAUUUUAUAUUCAAACUAGUAAAAUGCUGGAAACACUUGGGUAGUCCAUCUUAUUUUUGUGAGUGCUAUGCUUGUCUCUUGAUUGUUAAUACCUCAUUCAAUUUCUCAGGGUUGCUCUGAGUUGUUUCCUUCUGGUUGAAUAAUACAUUUUUUUUUAAUUGACAUCAUUUUUGUUUCCAGUUCAUAAACUGGAUGAGGUCGCCAGUGUUUUUUUGCUCAGUAUAUUGUUAUAUUAGGCCUCUAUCCAGCAAAACACUUAAAAAGGUACAUAACUAUAAGCAUGUGCAUAAGUGCUUUACUAGAUCACAGCCUCAGUUUUUGACAUAAGCACAGAUCAAGUCAAGUUUGGCCCCAUGAAUGCAUCAAUUGAGUUUCCCGUAUAAAGCUACAUGGCUUAGAUGCUCAGUCUUCACACUCCUUUUUCUGACAUUCGGACAUUCAAAACAAAACAGCAGCACAACACUCUAGUUAAUUCAGGUUAUAUCACAAGAUCAGCACAGAAACACAGUAGCCACAUGUAUAAUUCAUAAUUUUAAUUUAUAAAGAAAAUACCAGAAUAAUAUAUAAUGAAUCCAAUUCUUCACCUUUUACUGAGCUUAGUGACUUCAUUGGUGGUUCUGCCUCAGUAAAGAAGGCAGGAUUAGGCCAUAAAGUACAAAAAAGAUUUUUAAAAGUUAUUUUUAGUCUUAAAAUAUUUUGUUACAUUACUCAACUAUCUUGCCUUUUGAAUGUGUAUAAUUUACUGUACAUGUUUAGGCAGGGCAGGAUGUGCUAAUCACUGAAAACUUAAGGACCUAAUCAUGUGGACACUUAUUAUCAGGCAUAGCACUUAAUACCAUAAAUACCAUUGACAUCUUUGAGACUUUGCCCACUAUUAACAGAACCUGAACCUUUGGCCCUAAUCUUGCAUAUAGUUAAAUACAUGUGUAGCUUUACUCACAUGAGUAGUCCCUCCCAUUAGCCCUUUGAGGCUAAUGGGACUACUCACAUGAAUAAAGCAAAACAUUGACUUCAGUGGGAUUACUCACAUGAGUAACAUUACAUGCAUGCUUAAGUGUUUACAUUUGUAAUACACUUGCCUGAGUUUGUAUUUAUCCAAGAAAUGCUGUUUUAAUUGAAUAAAUAUUAUCAACUUAAAUGCUGUUAAAAGGCUUACAGCAUAAAUUGUUUACAAAGAAUAAUUUUGAAAAUGUGCUGUUUCCAUGUGAUGUUUACUUGUUGUCAAUGAAGGCCAAUAGCAUUUCUCUCUAGUGUAAAGGAAAAAAUAUAAAUACACUAUAGAAAAAAAUGAAAUGCUGCUACUUUUUACUCUUUACCAUAUUCUUCAUGAAUGUUUCACACAUUAUGGCUUUCUUUGCCCAUAAUGCAUUUUUUUGUUUAUAAUUUCAUUUUGGUUAAGAUUAUUUGUAUUAUAGGUAUUAAAAAUAAAUGACUGCACACUAUACAAAUUAUAUAUUUUGGGAUUUAGUAUUUAAAUGUAGCACUCUUUUAUGGUGAAAAGAAAUGAAACAGCCUCUAUUUUGUAUAAAAAAAAUAUAAUUAAAGUGAUGUGAACUCAAAUUUUAACAAUUUAUAUAUAUAUGGCCCCCCAUAAACAAACACAUCUAUACAUAAAAAUUGGAGUGAUGUUCUAUUUAACACAGUACCACAAAUCAUUUUUUCCAAAAAAGAACAUUUAGUAUUUUUAAGUUCUGGAGUGAAAGUGGUAACUCAUGUAGCGUGACAGCAAUUUUUAAUUGCUUUUAAGUGUUCUCCAGCAUUUUACAGUUUCUGAGUUUGAUAUAGCAGUACAGUUUGUUAACUCAGGCAUAUUAAUGGAUUCAUUUGAAUGGAUCCAAAGCUGCAGUGUCUACAAGCAAUAACAGACUACCUAGAAUACACUGUAAUUCAGUUUCAAUGCUUGUUAAAUUAAGUUUAUGUAACAAACCAUAAAUGAUUAGAUAGCAGUAAUUUUUGCAAGUGCUAUUUUGAGCAGUUGAUGUGUAAUUGGGUGCAUGUGACACAGCCAGUAUGACAGAGUGCUAGAGUUACCCUGUUUACAAUAAACAAUCUGAUUUAA